AUGAAUUGGGAUUUGGAUUACGGUGAGCUUGCUAAGGAUGAAGAAUUUGUAGGGAAGUGUGACAAUCUAAAAGAAAAUUUGAUUGAAGUCCAAAGAGUUUUGGAUCAACUUUUACCUCUGAAGCAACAGUAUGACAAACUUACUCUUCCUGCUCAAAUAGAACUUGACCUGUUCUUGGCGUUUACAUUGAACUCAUUGCACUGGGUACAUUUAAGGAUACAAGGAGAAGAUCCCAUGAAACAUCCCAUCAAAGAUGAGCUGCAAAGGAUCAAGUCAGUUAUGGUUAAAUGGCAAGAAAUUAAAGACCGCGAAAAACGGCCCACUGUUGACAUUGAAGCAGCAAAAAGGUUUGUCAGAAGUGGCCUUUAUGAUCCAUACAAAGCGACGGCGAAGCCACAAAAUAAGAUAAUUAAAUUUGAAGACAGUGAUGCCUAG